AUGGAGUUGCAGAAGGGGAAGGGGGCGGCAGCGGCCGCUGCGGCGGGAGCGGCGGGAGGAGGAGCGGGAGCAGGAGCCCCAGGAGCGGGGAGGCUGCUCCUCUCAACCAGUUUGGAUGCCAAGGAUGAGUUAGAGGAGAGGUUAGAAAGGUGCAUGAGCAUUGUGACAUCGAUGACUGCUGGCGUCUCAGAGAGGGACGCCAAUGACGCCCUCAAUGCUCACGUAUGCAAAGGCCCCCCCCAGCAUGAGGAAAUCUGCCUGGGCCUCUUCACCCUUGUCCUCACUGAACCUGCCCAAGCUCAGAAGUGCUACCGGGACUUGGCUCUGGUGAGUCGUGAUGGCAUGAAUAUUGUCCUGAAUAAGAUCAACCAGAUACUCAUGGAGAAGUACCUGAAAUUGCAGGACACCUGCCGUACUCAGUUGGUGUGGUUGGUACGGGAACUAGUGAAGAGCGGCGUCCUGGGGGCCGAUGGCGUCUGCAUGACGUUCAUGAAGCAGAUUGCCGGUGGCGAUGUUACUGCAAAAAAUAUCUGGUUGGCAGAGAGUGUCCUGGAUAUCUUGACGGAGCAGAGGGAGUGGGUGCUGAAGAGCGGCAUCCUCAUCGCCAUGGCUGUUUACACGUACCUUCGCCUCAUCGUGGACCACCACGGGACCGCCCAGCUCCAGGCCCUGCGCCAGAAGGAGGUGGACUUCUGCCUGUCACUGCUGCGGGAACGGUUCAUGGAAUGUUUGAUGAUUGGCCGGGACCUCGUGAGACUACUUCAGAAUGUUGCUAGGAUACCAGAGUUCGAGCUGCUUUGGAAAGAUAUUAUCCACAACCCGCAGGCCUUAAGUCCCCAGUUCACAGGUAUCCUGCAACUUCUUCAGUCAAGAACAUCCAGAAAAUUCCUAGCAUGUCGACUAACCCCAGACAUGGAAACUAAGCUCCUCUUCAUGACCUCCCGGGUGCGGUUCGGUCAACAGAAGCGUUACCAGGAUUGGUUCCAGCGCCAGUACCUGUCGACCCCAGACAGUCAGUCUCUGCGAUGUGACCUCAUUCGCUACAUCUGUGGGGUCGUCCACCCGUCCAACGAAGUGCUGAGUUCGGAUAUCUUGCCCCGAUGGGCCAUCAUUGGCUGGCUGCUGACAACGUGCACGUCAAAUGUCGCUGCCUCCAAUGCCAAGCUGGCUUUGUUCUACGACUGGCUGUUCUUCAGCCCAGACAAGGACAGCAUUAUGAACAUAGAACCGGCCAUCCUGGUCAUGCACCACUCCAUGAAGCCACACCCAGCCAUCACUGCCACACUCCUGGACUUCAUGUGCCGCAUCAUUCCCAACUUCUACCCACCAUUGGAGGGCCAUGUGCGACAGGGUGUGUUCUCCUCCCUCAACCACAUUGUGGAGAAACGGGUCUUGGCGCAUUUGGCUCCCCUGUUUGACAACCCUAAAUUGGAUAAGGAGCUUCGGGCAAUGCUGAGGGAGAAGUUUCCUGAGUUCUGUAGUUCGCCCAGCCCGCCGGUAGAAGUCAAACUUGAGGAGCCGGUUUCCGUGGAGAUGGACAACCAUAUGUCCGACAAGGAUGAGGGUUGCUAUGACAACGCAGAGGCAGCCUUCAGUGACGAUGAGGAGGACCUCAGCAGCAGAGGGAAGAAGAGAGAGUUCCGCUUCCACCCUAUCAAGGAGACCGUGGUGGAGGAGCCAGUGGACAUCACCCCUUAUCUUGACCAACUGGACGAGUCCCUGCGGGACAAAGUGCUCCAGCUACAGAAGGGGAGUGACACCGAGGCCCAGUGUGAGGUCAUGCAGGAAAUCGUGGACCAGGUCCUGGAGGAAGACUUCGACUCGGAGCAGCUGUCUGUGCUUGCUUCCUGCCUGCAGGAGCUCUUCAAGGCCCACUUUCGAGGGGAGGUGUUGCCUGAGGAGAUCACUGAAGAGUCCCUGGAGGAGUCUGUGGGAAAGCCUCUCUACUUGAUAUUUAGGAACCUGUGUCAGAUGCAGGAAGACAACAGCAGCUUCUCUCUGCUCUUGGAUCUUCUCUCUGAGCUCUACCAGAAACAGCCCAAGAUUGGCUACCACCUGCUGUACUACCUGCGGGCCAGCAAAGCUGCUGCUGGGAAGAUGAACCUGUACGAGUCGUUUGCCCAGGCCACGCAGCUGGGUGAUCUGCACACCUGCUUGAUGAUGGACAUGAAGGCCUGCCAGGAAGACGACGUGCGGCUGCUGUGUCACCUCACGCCCUCCAUCUAUACGGAGUUUCCAGAUGAGACCUUGCGGAGUGGCGAGCUGCUGAACAUGAUCGUGGCCGUUAUUGACUCUGCACAGCUCCAGGAGCUGGUCUGCCACGUGAUGAUGGGGAACCUAGUUAUGUUUCGAAAGGAUUCUGUCCUCAACAUACUCAUCCAGAGCCUGGACUGGGAGACCUUUGAGCAGUACUGUGCCUGGCAGCUCUUCCUGGCCCACAACAUCCCCCUGGAGACCAUAAUCCCCAUCCUGCAGCACCUCAAAUACAAAGAGCACCCAGAGGCCCUGUCUUGCCUGCUGCUUCAGCUCCGAAGAGAGAAGCCCAGUGAGGAGAUGGUGAAGAUGGUGCUGAGCAGGCCGUGUCACCCGGACGACCAGUUCACCACCAGCAUCCUGCGGCACUGGUGCAUGAAGCACGACGAGCUGCUGGCCGAGCACAUCAAGUCCCUUCUCAUCAAGAACAACAGCCUUCCUCGCAAGAGGCAGAGCCUGAGGAGCUCCAGCAGCAAGCUCGCGCAGCUGACCCUGGAGCAGAUCCUGGAACACUUGGACAACCUGCGCCUCAACCUGACCAACACCAAGCAGAACUUUUUUAGCCAAACCCCGAUUCUCCAGGCGCUGCAGCACGUGCAGGCAAGCUGCGAUGAGGCCCACAAGAUGAAGUUCAGCGACCUCUUCUCCCUGGCCGAGGAGUACGAGGACUCGUCCACCAAGCCGCCCAAGAGCCGGAGAAAAGCAGCUCUGUCCAGCCCCCGCAGCCGAAAGAACGCGACGCAGCCCCCCAAUGCCGAGGAAGAGUCGGGCUCCAGCAGUGCCUCGGAGGAAGAAGACACAAAACCGAAGCCUACCAAGCGGAAACGGAAAGGGUCCUCUGCAGUGGGGUCUGACAGUGACUGAGGCCCCGGUGUUCCUCCAUCCCACCCCCCGCCGGACUGCCCUCCCCUCCUUGGUGCAUCAGAGAUUAGUAAGGGCCGGGGAGAUACGGGGGGAUGCCCUCUCCCUCCGCCUGAGGCUCACCUGGUACCCAAGGCUCUCCUGGCAGGAAGGACGAGCUGCCUCCUCCAGCUCAGCCUGCGAAGCUGCCAUGCGGCCCCAGCCCCUGCUCCCUCCCGUCCGGGGGCCUCUAGCCCCCUCACACUGCUGCUCCCACCAACUCAGGUCCCACGGAAGCCAGAGGCUGUGUGAAAUCUGGGCUGGUGCAGGUCCUCAGCCCCUGCCCCUCCCCAGUCCCCCAAAGAGAAGAGAAAUGGCAGACGGGGCUUGCUGGUCAGAGAGGCCAGGAUGGGAGUGAAGACAGUGUAUGGACAGCCCUUCCCGGCUCCCCCAUCUGGCCUUGAUUCGCUCCUAACAGGCAUUUUAUAGUUGCUCUCCGUCCUCCAUGUGCAAUGGGCAUGUCACCAGUGAUGUCCCCCUGCCUGCCUGUUCCUCCACAUGGGGCAUAUGCCGGAAGGGUUCAGGCAGGGACCGAGGGGAGAGGGAGGCCAGAGCCCCUGGGGCUCCCAGAGACAGCUUCCAUGGAACUGUCAAAUGGUCCCAUUUCCUUAGUUCCUUUUUGUUUGGUUUUGGUUUUUGGCAGAGAUAAUCGCUUUUUAAAAGUUUUUAAAUGACAAUAAAACAAGCCAGAACCUCUUUUGUGCUGGAGUUGCUGGCCCAGGAGCUCCUAGUGGGGGGCACCUGACAGCGCUACUGCUCCCCGG